UUGAAAACCAAUUUUUGAAUCAACGACCUCGAACUUCAACGCCAAGUCACGACACACCUACCAAAAUGUCGUCAAAGACCAAGAAGCCCGCCGGCAAGGCUCAACGAUCUGCCAUCGCAGACGUUGUUGCGCGCGAAUACACAAUCCACCUCCACAAGAGACUCCACGGCGUCACAUUCAAGAAGCGGGCACCAAGAGCCAUCAAGGAGAUCAAGGCAUUCGCAACAAAGUCAAUGGUAGGGACAACUCGAUUCGAAGGCACAUCCGACGUUCGUCUCGAUCCUCAAUUGAACAAGAAGGUCUGGGAGGCUGGUAUCAAGGGUGUUCCGUACAGACUGCGUGUCCGAAUCUCGAGAAAGCGAAACGACGAGGAGGGUGCUCUGCAUAAGCUGUAUAGCUAUGUCCAGGCCGUAAACGUUAAGGAUGCGAAGGGUUUGCAGACUGCUUUGGUUGAAGAUGCAUAAAUGGGUCCGAGGCGCAAUGGAAUGGUCAGAUAGCUUUGCAUACGUACGAAUGCUCCCACUAUGCAACCUUGAAACCUAUUAAUCGGCGGUACCGACUCUUGUGAAUGCUAGACUACUUGCAUGUAUUGCGAUAUAGCUACUGCUAAGGGUGAUACAGGUUCGUGGUAGAGCAAAGCCUUAAACAUACAGACGUCCCAAAUUCUUCUAGCAAAUACCCAUUAAGCAUAACCCACAACUCGGCUUCGGCUCAAAAGUA